UAAAAACAACAUCAUGUUUACAAAUGAGAAUGAGGCCGCGAGAUGCCGUUAUUUUUAAAAUGAAUUUUGCGCUUUCAGUACACACAAAGUUAUUAACCAUUGCAUUUUUUUUAUCCUACUGCAAUUAAGAUUAUUCUUAUUUUCAAAGACAAUCCAUGACCGUUUGUGUUUUAAUAUUUUAAACACAAUGGUAAAACAGUUGCCGAUCCCACGCAGAAUCUACAGCGCCAUACUCCAUCCAAUCAUAGUGGAUGUUAACCCUUUUGAUAAAAAAAAUAUUCAGUGCCAACCGAGCACGCGUGUGUAUGCACCGGAUAAAAAUUACUUCCGGUAUAAAAUAAAACCAAAAUGAAGGAGAGUAUAGGCCAAUUACCAGAAGAAAUACAGGCUUUCAUUCUUAGCAAACUUAAUGGACGGUCAGCAGCUGUAUGCAAGAAGGUGUGCAAACUGUGGCAUGAAUUGAUUGAAGGAUUGGAAAGCUGUAUGCAUUUUUGGCUGAGAUGCUGCCUGAAGGAGAUACCAAUGUAUACACUGGUUGAGUAUACCCGACUGAUGCAGCUGAGUGGUGGAAGGGAAGCAACUCUUACAGAAUUGGCGCUUGACUGGAUGUCCAGUCUUGGGAGUAAGCUCCCAUGGAUGUUCUGGAGAGAGGUGUAUGCUGAAUUUUAUAGAACCACUUACAUUAUGACAAGAGAGGAAAAGAAAACAGAACUGCACUUCUACCCACUACAUGGAGAAGUGUCCUGCUUGCAUGUUCAAGACAAUGUCGUGUACUCUGGCCAUGACAGCGGGUUGGUUAUGAGCUGGGAGAAUGUUGAGGCAGACCUUCACUGUGAGACCCUGUACCGUCACCAUCGACGUGUUACCUACCUCACAGGGCUUGACAUGGUUACGACAACAAAUGAUAUUCUUAAUGGCGAGACAUCCAACAUCAUUGUGAGUUCAUCAAAGGAUGCUAACCUGAUGUUGUACAACCUAGAAACAGAGACCAGCUCCACCAUCAACCACUACACCAAACAGAUCAACUGUGUCAGUACAUGGGGUAGACAUUUGGUUGCAGCAGCUGACAGGUGCUUCAUUCAGGGACAGCCCCUUUGGAAAGUGGACAAAUCAGAUCUCUCUGUUGGGGUCACAUGUACACUGUUCAGCCAGUCAGCAUCUGACAUCACAGCUGUUGCAUUUUGGGAAGAAACAGUUCUGUCUGGAGAUGAGAUGGGGAAUCUGUUCCAAUGGUCCGGUUGCCUACAGUGUAGACAGGAGGGAAACCAAGACAUGACUCCAGUGGCCAACCUACAGGCAAGGGUCAAGGCCAUAUUCAUACAGGGGUCAAAGAUCAUCUGUUUUACUAGUGAUAACUGUCUGCAUAUCAGCCAAUACAAGUCAGACAGUAAGAUAGAGUUUGACAAACUGAACAUACACACUGCCUUGAUGAAGACUGCAGAAUUUAUCACUGUUAGAGGACCAAUUCUGGCCAUAGGAUGUAAAUCUGGUUUUGUAUAUUUAUACCACAUUCCAAAACCAUCUGACUGGGAUAACCUGCUAUUAGAAAAACCUGCCCACAUUCUACAGUUCAGUAAGGACCACAUUCACUCCAUCGCUAUCGGAGAUGACGGGAGUUGCCCAUAUAUUGUGGUAGCUACUGAAGAUUACUGUAUAAACAUUGUGCAGUUUAAACGAAGGCGGAAAAACAGUGAAAAUGCUAAGGUAGACUGAAUAUUGCAAAAAGAAAAAUAGUAAUUGGGAACAUUCAUGUUUUGUUCUGGAUGGAGUUUCAAAUAUUACCUUUCCUGUCUUUAUUCUUCUUGCUUCAUGUCAUUGCACUUCAAUGUAAUUGUAUUGACAGAUAAGGGAAAGUCUCAAGUCUACUCUGUCAGUCUGUGAUUCAAGUUCACUAUAGUGGCUAUUGUCAAUUGGUUUGUGAAUGGUUGUCUGGUUUAAAUCUUCAAGAGAUUAGGUCUUUACCUUACAUGUACAUCUAGUCAUUUUACAUAAGAUCUGUUGAUUUGUUUUGUUAUGGAUGAAGUGGUAGAUAGAUGGAGCCAAGUAAUGGUCAUUUAUAAAUAAGUGUCUACAUAUUGCCAGAUGUGUUCAAUUUCUCUACAUUCUCACUUUAUAUCCUUGUUUGUUACCUUAACUUUGUUAUUACACUUGACUGUGUGACUUUAUACGUUUUUAAAAUGUCUUAACUUUUA